AGAAGUUGAAUUAAUUGAACACAGGAGACGUUAUUUUCUGUCUAUAGAAUGGCAUUUUCCUAUGAAGAUAGCAACUGGAAAAAAUUUGACAGAACAAUGGCGAAUCGUGAAACCAAAACCGCUGAAAAUUAAAGCUCAUCAUGAUUUACUAGAAGAAUAAUUAUUAAAAAACGUAGAUAUGUAUAACCAACAGAAGAGGAUUCUAGGGGAACACAACUCGUUAAUCCAAAUUAAAGAAUAAACCCCAUGUUUCAUUCUUAUAGAAGGGAAGAAUCAUCAAGUAGAGAACGAUCACGUCUCUAGAAAGACUCAAGGAGCCCAAGUUAAAGUCUAUAUGAAAGGAUGUCAAAAGGAAGUACCACUUUUUUAUCCCUUUUUCUAUUUUUGUAAAUUUCACGAGUAUACUUGUACACUAGUAUAAGUACAUUAUUGGACAGAGGAAAAAGAGUAACGAGGGGAAAGGUACACGGAAUCAAAGUAGUAGACUUAAUAGUAAUAGUAAUUAGAAAAUGUUUUGUGAUAGCUGAGUCGAGAAAACUCAUCGCAAUGAGGUAAAGAAAUUUCUUUUGCCCUGCUUAAUUUUUCUGCAUCAGGAAAGAACCAACCAUAAGAUUUCCGGAUUUGAUCCUCCUUAUAUUCUCUUUCUUUAAUGCAUUCAGCAUGCACUCUCUCCGCAUAUUGUUGCUCAAUCUGAUUAGCCAGUCUAAGAGAGUCUCGAGAAGAAAGAGAAUUGUAUUGCUUUGGAUUUACAUAGAAUGGAACCUUAUAUUUUGGAGAAAUAUACUGAGCGGAGUACUUUUCUGUAGGUACAAAUGAGUAUCCAGCACGGACGGAUGAAUCACCAGAAGAAGUGAAAUUAGACAAAAAUGCGAAAAUAACAAGGAUUAAGAUGGGUAAGAUUUGAUAGAGCAUACUCUUGUUGUUAGUAUCUUCAGCUUGUUGUCUUCGGUACCUCCGAGGACGACCACCGAAUUGAUGAACACGAACACCUGGUCCGCCAAAGAAAAACGUAUUGGGUCCUCCUAAAAACGAAGUUAGUAACGAAUGAAGGGUCAAUUAUACGAGUAUAAAUUACCUGAGAAGAACUGAUCGCCAAAAAAUGAAUUGAACAAAUCUUCGGGUGACAUUUGUGCUUGCGGAUAGCCAGAAAAACCUUGGAAGCCAGGUCCAGCCCGUUGAGAAAAUGACGAAGUAGAAGCACUCGCUCGUGAUUCAGGAUCUGCUCCUGUUCUGUCGUAAUGUGCCCUCAUGUUCGGGUCCGAUAAAACCUGAAACGCCUUGGAAACCUCUGAGUAUAGAGUUAGCAUAUUUGAACUCAAGUUGAGUUAAAAAGGAAUUUCAAUGCAUACUUUUGAAAGCCUCAUCAGCAUUUGGUGCGUGAUUUUUAUCCGGAUGUAAUUGUAAUGCGAGUUUCCGGUAUGACUUCUUUAUUUCUAUAUCUUUGCAAUCCUUCUUCAGGUUUAAUAUUUCAUAGUACUCAUGUUGUUUUAGUUUUGUUAUUUUGUGAACAAUCUCCAUUUGUUCCCGCGUGUAUGAGGCUUGAGAACUAUCAUUGCUUCUCGGUGAAUUCGAGGUUCUAUCACGCAUGGUUGAAGAGGCAUUACUAGUUCCAGUGGAGGCGGCUGAAGGUUUAGUCUUAUUAGACGUUCUUUCUUUAGUCAUAUACGUUCUGAAGUCUUUUGCUUCUGGUGUAGGAAGAAUUCGUUCUGACUUAUCAGUAAAUUUGGAUGCUUUUUGGUAAUCUCCUGCUUCCAAAUAUUUCCUAGCCAAACUUAUACAGCUACAAUAACAACAAUUAGCGCCCAAAAACGAACUUUUGUGGAAAAGAACCUUACCGAAGCGCUUCUUCUCGGCUUGCCUCCAUUGUACUACACUUUACAAAAAAAAAUUAUCAAAAGAGUAGAGUUUGCUUUAUUUUUACACAAUACCACUUCUUUGAUGUUUGCAAGUAAAGGAGAGAGGAGUACAUCGAUUGAUUUUCGAAACCCACCAGAUAACAAUCCCAACACUUGAAUCUUGUUUACCAAGUAACAAAGUGUCUUAAUAGAAGUGCAGGUUCAAAAAAUAACUUCUGCCGUUUUAUUUUUGGAUUUUUGGGUAUUGCAUAUAUUUUUAUUCUUAAUUUAACUGGCUUUUCCUCUUUUUUAUAAUCUUCUACGAUUUUUUUUGAGCCAUCUCCAUACUAUUAGCAAAAAUGGAAGUGCAUCAGGAUGAGAACACAUGGAAGCCCGUAUUUAGUGAAUUACAUUCUUCUGUUCAAGAGGCAGAAGCUACUCUUCGAAAUGACGGUUCUAUGGAAAAAGCUAUCAAACAAGUUGGUUACGCUGACUCUCUAGACCAAAUAUCGAAAAUCGAUGAAAAUAUCUACAUCAGCAGCUGGAAAGCCGCAUCAAAUAACGAUUUACUAGAAAUGAACAACAUUAAAUACGUCUUGAGCGCUAUGAGCAUAGAUCCAAAAUUGAACUUACCAAGCGAUCAACAUAUAUGGAUUCCUAUUGAGGACGGAAGCUCCCAAAACAUUUUGCAGCAUAUUUCGAAAACCAUAAAAUUUAUAGAUGAAGCCGUUGCUUCCAAUUCACGCGUCCUUGUACAUUGCUUUGCUGGAGUAUCAAGGUCCGUCACUUUAGUAUCAGCUUACUUAAUGAAGAAAAACGAUUGGGAUCCUGAGAAAGCUUUAAAUUAUAUUUCUACCAAACGUUCAAAUAUUUCCCCAAACCCAAGCUUUUUGAAACAGUUGCAAGUAUAUUAUGAAUGCCGAUUUGAGCUUUCUCAACAACAACGUCCAUACCGACUUUGGCUUUUCCACAAAUACGGUGAUUUUGCUGUCCUUAACAUAAGGGUUCCAUCAGAUGUAAAUUAUACCGAAUCUGUUCGGGCUCGAGCAGGGCAAACUGAAAUCCGGUGUAAAAAAUGCAGAUUCAUACUUGCAUCUUCCGACUAUAUCAUUCCCCAUGAACCAAACAACAAACCACAGAAUGUGAGAUGUACUCAUUACUUCCUUGAACCUAUUCGUUGGAUGCAACCCGAAUUGGAAUUAGGAAAUUUAGAGGGUCGUUUUGAUUGUCCCAAAUGUAGUUCAAAAAUAGGUUCAUACCGUUGGCAAGGAAUGCAAUGCAGUUGUCUUGAAUGGGUUUGUCCUGCUCUCAGCGUUAUGCAGUCUCGUGUAGAUGCUGUUCGAAAAAUCAUGUAAUCAUAUAAAAUUUUUACAUAUCUCCGUCGUCGCUCUUUUUACGUUUUGAAAAAUCUCCUUACACAUGUUGGUCUUUACGUCCCAAUGUUUACAGUUAAUUUACUUAAUAUAUUCUCAUAUGUUCAAUUCUUUUCCUGAUUCCUUUUCCUAGUACUAUUCCAAAUAUAUUUCAGUAAAACGCCAUCAAGUCUUUUAAACUUUGAAAAAGGUAUUCUAUUAUUAAUACUUCAUCCAUUCUGUCUACAUUUUUUUUGAAAUCCU